AUGCCGCCAUUACCGCCAUCCUGCAUUUUUGAGGAUACCCCAUUUUUCUCUCCCUCUCUUUCUUCCCUUCUCGCGUUCAGAAGAAUGAAAAUCAUUUUUCUGCCGUUCAGCAUUUCCAUCUGUCAGUUGCACGAUGUCCCGAGUUCACUAUUAACAAACGACGUUGGAUAUAAGAAAAUUAUCUAUCUAUCUAUCUAUCUAUGGCUGUUUAUAUCUAUCUGUCUGUCUAUGCCUGUUUAUAUCUAUCUAUCUAUCUAUCUAUCUAUCUAUCUAUCUAUCUAUCUGCCUGUCUUUAUACUGCUAUUUCAAAGCAAAUCAACGGCAAGCGAAGCAGAAGUCAGCCAGUCAUUUGUUAUUAGUGUCAAGUUACUUAUAAACAAUUGCAUUCUACAAUAUUCUCGCCGACAUCACCCUAUCUAUCAGUCUAUCCGUCCUUCUAUUCAUCUCUCUGUCUCUGUUCGGCCAUCGUACGAUUUCCAUUCUAUUCGUCUCAAGAGAGACAUCACGGCAAUGCUUCACUUUACUGAUCAAACUAACAUCUUGGGACAACCAAAUUGA